UUUUGUGUGGAGAUCUGGCAACAGAGUUCCGUAUUCCCGUCUACUUCACCACACUACUGUCUGCACGGGAAAAAAAGGUGCGAGAAUGGUGUUCAGGUAGUGGCAAAUGGACUUCCUCACUCUGUUUGGUAUAUAUGUGGCGGUGGUGCUCACCUGCAUUGCUCUGGUUUGUAAGUAUUCAGGACAUCAGCAGACUCCUCUCGGUCUGCUUUUGGACAAGAUCACAGGGAUUGUCUCUCCAUGGAUCCCACAAUGUCUCCAAAGCAUUUGCUACAGAACUAUGCACAGGCUGUUCCAUCAAAGGAACAACUUCUUCCUUUACUUGCACCUGUUACUUGAAGUGGUUGUGUAUGGAGAAUUCUCCUAUGAGGUCUUUGGCUUCUGUUUGGACAUGGGCACAAGUUCAAUCAGUUUGUGCAUUCCUUACAUUCUCCUUGCAAUGAAGUCUUAUCUGUUCUACCUCUGUUGUAGCAGAGACCCAGGCACAUUGACAAAGGCAAACCAUACUGCAGAACUGAAGGUCUACCAGUAUGAUGAAAAACUCUUCCAGCAGGGAGUCAAGUGUUCAACCUGUCAGCUGGUCAAACCUGCACGAUCCAAACAUUGUAGGGUUUGCAAUCGCUGUGUCCAGAGAUUUGACCAUCAUUGUGUGUGGGUGAAUAACUGCAUUGGUGCCCAGAACACCAGAUACUUCCUUCUGUACCUUCUGAGUGUGUGCGCCAUGGCAGGCAAUAUUGCAGUGCUUACAGCAGACAUGUUGCUCCAAGCUGUUCUACGAACUGGACUCCUGCAUGCUCACUACAUUGAUGAGCAGGGUGAGCAACAGCCCGCUGGACCGCUCUUUAUCAUCCAGCAUCUCUUUCUGACAUUUCCAAAGAUUGUCUUCAUGUUGGGCUUCUUGGUAUUUGUCUUUUUCCUCUUGGCGGGUUAUUCCAUGUUUCACAUGUAUUUGGCUUUGAUAAAUCAAACCUCCAAUGAGUGGUUUAAAGGAAAAGGUCACAACUGCCAGCAUUGCCAUCCAUACUCUGCACAUAACUGCCGGACCUCAUACAAUCCAUUUAGAGGUUUCUAUCACAGGGGAAUCCUCAAAAACCUUGGGGAAAUCUUUUGGCCCUUAUGUCCUGUUCAGAAAAAAGAAAACUAGAGAAAGUGCAUUAUUGUUCUUGUUUUAACUGUCUAUUUGUAUUCAUCUCUGUAUUUUAUAUUGGUAAGGUUUUUAAAAAUAUUUUCUUAGCCUUAUGUAUUAUUGGUACAUUUUCUCUUUCUUUUUCUUUUCUCUGAAUAAUUUUUUUUUAUAAGAAUGUUCAAAUGUAGUUUCCAAUUGUUUUACACAAAUUUACAGUGAAUGAAAAUGAGGCUGUCAAGGAUAGCCAUACAGUCCAUUCAAUAGCUGUCUUAAAGUCACAUACAGUAUAACGUCUAGUUUUUACUUCAUGCAUUCCAUAGUUUUUGUGACGGAUUUGUUUUUGAAAUAUGUAUUUCUAGAGGACUUGAAGAGUGACACUUAAUAAUAUGGUCAUGUUAUCAAGUAGAGUUGCAGAAAACUUACAUGGCAACAUGAGCAAAUUAUUACUGUUAUGUAGGAUGAGAGCGUCAUAUUUCAACAAAAUGUUAUAAAAAUAAAUUUCAACAUGAAUAAAAAACUACUAAAAUUUAAAGACAUUAACCAACUAUAUUUUAUACAUGCAUAUUACAGGGUUUAAAUUAAUUUCCCCCUUGACCGUAGAUGUCAUCU